GCCUCGCAGACCGGAAGAGGCUUCUGCGGGUGUAAGGUCGUGUGGCGGGCUUUGGUUUCGGCCUUUUAAGUUUAAACCUGGGUUUCACAGUCCACAGUCUUACACACCUGGGGUCUUGGGGUUGCUACGGACGUUAAAAUUCCGGCACCCACGCCUCCUACCUUCGGAUCGACAUCUCAAGACUGAGAAGGAAGCCCUGAAGAGGACAAAGAGGAAAGAAAAAAAAGAGUCAGGAAUGACACUUUCUCAGGCACCAUUGACAUUCAAAGAUGUGGCCAUUGAAUUCUCCCAGGAGGAGUGGGACUGCCUGGACCCUGCCCAGAGGGCCUUGUUCUGGGACGUGAUGCUGGAGACCUACGGGAACCUGCUCUCCGUGGGUAUAUCUCCCAGAUGUGCGAUCAAAGAAUUAUCACCAAAAGAGGACAUUAAUAAUGGAGAAUUAUUUCAGACACGGGGUUUUGAAAGACCUGUAAGUCAUAACUUUGAUGAUUCUGACUUCAGGGAGGUCCAACAGAAUAUGCACCAGUUCGAGAAUCAGUGGCAGUGUGAAGAAAAAAGUGACAAAAGAGUGAAUACAGCCUCUUGCAAAAAUCUCACAGGUAGAAGAAAUCAACAUCGUAAAUUCCAGAAUAAUUUUCCUGUAAAGCAGAAUGUUUCUGUAAGAAGUAUGUCUCAUCACCAGUCAUGUGUGAAUGAGGAACUAAGAAAUGACAUAGGCUCUUCAGGAAACAAAUCUUUGCAAUGUUUGGGAAAUAGGCUUGGAGUAAGCUUGCAUUCACAGCUAGGUGAACUGCAGAUUUUUCAAACCAAAGAGAAAGUUUAUGAAUGUAAUCAAGUUGAGAAGUCUAUCAAAAAUCGUUCCUCAUUCUUACCACCUCAAAUAAUUCCUUCUGGUGUCAAAACCAACACUUGUAAUAAAAAAGGGGAGGCUUUUAUGCAUGUUUCAUUGCAUACACAACGACGUCAGAAAACACACAGUACAGAAAAACCACACAAGUGUAAUGAUUGUGGGAAGACUUUUAGCCAUUUAUCAGUCUUAGCUAAUCACCAAAGGAUUCACUCUGAGGAGAGACCUUACGAGUGUAAUGAUUGUGGCAAAACCUUUAACAGAUUCUCAAACCUCACAAGGCACCAGAGGAUUCAUACUGGAGAGAAACCAUAUAAAUGUAAUGUAUGUGGUAAGGACUUUAUGAUACGUUCUCACCUUUGGGGUCACGAGCGAACUCAUACUGGAGAGAGGCCUUACAAAUGUGAUGAGUGUGGCAAAGCGUUUUCUGAGCAUUCAAAUCUUGCUCAGCAUAAGAGAAUCCAUACUGGAGAGAAGCCUUAUAAGUGUAGUGAAUGUGGUAAAGGUUUCACCACUCGUUCACACCUUUGGGGUCAUGAAAGAAUUCACACUGGAGAAAAACCUUACAAAUGUAGCGAGUGUGGCAAAGCCUUCACCGGGAGUUCCAACCUUAUUCAACACAGGAAAAUUCACACUGGAGAGAAGCCAUAUAAAUGUGAUGUAUGUGGCAAGGCCUUUAGUCAGAAUUCAAGUCUCAUAGUUCAUCAGAGGAUUCAUACUGGGGAGAAGCCCUUCAAAUGUUACGCAUGUGGCAAAGCCUUUAAGCAGUACUCUAGCCUCAAUAGACACCAGAAUAUACACAGAGCGAAGAAAAAGACGUCGAGUGUGGGGUAAGGUUUUUAUUAAAGGCGCUCACAUGUGGAGGGAGGAGAGAAUUUGUAUUGGAAAAAAACUCACAAAAGCCUAUGGUAGGGCCUUCAGGAAAUGCCCCGGCCUCAGGAUCACCGAAGAUUUCAUAAUGCAGAAAACUCUUACAGGUAUAGUGAGUGAGGUAAAUUGUUUAAGCAGAUUUAGGAAUGUCCCAUGUAUCGGGAUUCUACACAGGGAGAACUAAGUCUAGUCCUUUUUGAAAGUUAAUCAAAUCAUACUACAGUCUUCAGAGUAAUUAAAAGUGCAAAUCAUUUAAAGUGCAGGAGAUGGGGUGGGGUCAAAGGAUCAAGGACAUCUGUGGAAAGGCCCACUUACUAACAGUUGUUAAAAUAGUUUUAGAUUUCUUUAUAAGGCUGCAUUUUAAGUGACUUCCAGUCUGAGGUUCAAAAUCAGUUAAUGAUGUCAUCUUGUCACAGACCUCUCGUGUUGCCAUGAUGAAACACAUCCUCAAAGGAACUUUUUUCCCCCCAAUCCCAAUGUAAAAGAUGAUUCGUCUUUAAUUUUCACUUCCACGUAUUCAUUGCUGGGAAGUGGGAAAGGAGUUAACUUUGGUGCGUUAACCUUGCAUCCUACAGCUUUGCUGUAAUUGCAUAGGAGUGUUUUAUGUACCAUCCUUCAGGCGUCAUGAGACUGUUCAGUAAUUCCAGUUUUAGUUACCACCCUCUUUUUUCAUGGUAUGAAGAGUCCCUCUGCUACCAUGAUGUUGAACUAGUCUUAAAGUCAUUAAAUCUAAAUUGGUCACAGGCCAGGUUCCUUUUGUUCUCUGUUGCAGUCCGAGCAUCUGCAUUCUAUUAUGAUCUCAAAUGUUGGUGUGUAAUUAGUAUUGGCAUAUAGAAAAAUCUACUCAUAAAUGGAAACGUGUCAUGGCUAAAAUUAUAAAAUAACAUACCACUAAUCGAAAACAUGAAGACAAGAGUUUGCUGGUGGCUCAGUGGGUUAAGAAUCUGGUGUUGUCACCGCUGUGGCUCUGGUUACUGCUGUGGCUCUGGUUACUGCUGUGGCAUUGGUUUGAUCCCUGUCCUGGGACCUUCCACAUGACGUGGGCACAGCCAAAAAAAAAAAACAAAACAAAAACCGAAAAACAAACACGCUGCAGUUAUGAAAACAACAAUAUAGACCUAGAUAAUUAGAACAUAGCUAUCCUGCUUUAUUGUAAUGGUUAAAUCCUAAGUCACCGUCUCUGCUGCUCACCAAGGUGUGAAUUUAGUGAAAUCACUGAACUCCCUGUGCUUAAGUUUUCCUCUUUAGAAUAAAAAUAGCUGUAGUUCCACCUCCCAAGAUUUGUGAAGAAUGAGGAUGUUACUGAGCUUCAUAGCAGUGAUUCUUAAUAUUGUAAGAGUUUUUCAGUGUUAUGUAUUCAACUCUUAGAAGGCUCUUCAUGAAGGUAAAAAGUAAAUGUUUCUUAGUUGGAACUAACAGUAGUGGAGAAUAUUGAAUUUCAGUUGAAAUGGUAAGUGUAACUAGUGUGUAACUUCUGUAGCAUCCCCCAGAAGAGAAAUGUUGGUCAUUGGGAAUGAACUGAUGGCCUCUAGUUAGCAGUAGAAAUGGUCUUCUUAUCAUAGACCAAGAUUAGAAUCUUAGGGAAGUGUUCUCUUUCCAUUUUGUAUCUUCCUUUCCUUCACUAGGUGAAGGUUAAGGUCCACAGAUUUGAUAUUCAAACAUGUGUUUCUUCAUCUUUGUAAGAAUCUCCAGGCCAGUGAUAGCUUUUAGGUAGAAAUAUUUUCUCAGUGAUUUUAGAUGCACAUUUGUUUACUGUGUUCACAGAGUGAAUUUAUGUAAGAUGUAACUAUCAGAGAAAACUAGAUGAAGCUUUUAAGGACCUCUACUGCCUUUGUGCUUUCCUGUGCAUCUGUAAUUAUUUCAAAAUAAAAAGUUAAAGGGAA